AUGCACCACCUCCCCACCACAGCCCUGCGCACGUGCGCAGCAUCGGGGAGGGUAGUAGUACCCUCCCUUGCAGCCGCGCUAGGCAACAGACCCCUGCCACCACCGCCAUCACCCCUGCACCACCACCACCACCAGAGGCCAUCACCACCACCCCGGCAACAACAACAACACCAGAGCAGGAGGUACAGCUCGCACUCGCCGCUCGGCGCGGCGGGCGGGCCCGGCAGCCAGCGCAAGAAGGUCACCCUCGGCACGCUGCGCGCGAUGCACCGGCGCGGCGAGCCCAUCGCCGUCAUCACGGCGCACGACUUCCCCUCCGCGCACGUCGCCGACGCCGCCGGGGUCGACGUCGUGCUCGUCGGCGACAGCCUGGCCAUGGUCGCCCUGGGCAUGGAGGACACGGCCGAGGUCAUGGUCGAGGAGAUGCUGCUGCACUGCCGGUCUGUCGCGAGGGCCACCAAGGCUGCCUUUACUGUUGGUGACCUGCCCAUGGGCUCGUACGAGGUAUCCCCAGAACAGGCCCUCGAGACCGCCAUCCGCUUCAUCAAGACCGGCCGGGUGCAGGGCGUCAAGCUCGAGGGCGGCAGCGAGAUGGCGCCCACCAUCAGGCGCAUAACCUCCGCCGGGAUCCCCGUGCUGGCGCACGUGGGCCUGACGCCGCAGCGCCAGAACGCGCUCGGCGGGUUCAGGGUGCAGGGCAAGACGGCGGCCGGCGCGGCCAAGGUGCUCGAGGACGCCCUGGCCGUGCAGGAGGCGGGCGCAUUCGCGACGGUCGUGGAGGCCGUCCCGGCCGAGGUCGCCGGCAUCAUCACGUCCAAGCUGUCCAUCCCGACCAUCGGCAUCGGCGCCGGGAACGCGUGCUCCGGCCAGGUGCUCGUGCAGAUAGACAUGCUGGGCAACUUCCCGCCCGGCAGGUUCCUGCCCAAGUUCGUCAAGAAGUAUGGCGAUGUGUGGUCUGAGAGCCUAAGGGCGAUCGAGGCCUACCGGGAUGAGGUCAAGACCAGGGCAUACCCAGCGCCGGAGCACACAUACCCUAUAUCUAAGGAGGAACUGGAGGCUUUUGAGAAGGCAUUUUGA